CUCUGCUCUUCCAAAAUCCUCCUGGUUCUCCUCUCUACCUACACUUUCCCACCAUGGCGCUCGCGACAAAAGCCGUGCCGCACCUGAUGACGCUGGCCGACCUCUCCCCCGGCCAGAUCCAGCGCAUCCUCAUGCACUCGUACCACCUCAAGCGCACCGCGCAGCCGUGGCUCGCGCCCGUGCAGACCAAGAGCGGAAACCAGGUGAAGCUCAAGCUGCGCAUGCCCUCGCAGUCGCUCUUCAGCAAGACCGUCGCGCUGCUCUUCUCGAAGCGGAGCACGCGCACGCGCGUGAGCGCGGAGACGGCGGCGUCGCUCCUCGGCGGGCAGGCGCUGUUCUUGGGCAAGGAGGAUAUCCAGAUUGGCGUGAACGAGAGCGUGCGCGACUCGGCGCGGGUUAUUGGCGGCCUGUGUGAGGGGAUCUUUGCGCGGGUGGGGGACCACUCCGAGAUUGAGGAACUGGCGCGGUACUCGCCGGUGCCGGUGCUGAACGCGCUGUCGUCGCUGUGGCACCCGACACAGGUCCUCGCGGACCUGCUCACGCUGCAGGAGCACGCGCACCUGUUCGACCCCGCCGCGCCCGCGCCGCCAAGUGCGGACGACCUCCUCACGUCGCAGCGGUACCGGCGGCUUGUGGACGUGCGCCCGCUGACGGUCGCGUACCUCGGCGACUCGGCGAACGUGCUGCACGACAUGCUCGUCACGUACCCGCGGCUGGGGCACCAGCUGCGCGUCGCGAGCCCGGAGAACGCGAAGUACCGCGCGCCAAAGGCGGUGUGGGACCGGGUGGUCGAGCUCGGGUGUGACAAGAACAUCCACUGGACGGCGGACCCGCGUGAUGCGGUUAAGGGCGCGGAUUUGGUUGUUACUGACACUUGGAUCUCCAUGGGUCAGGAAGCAGAGAAGGCGCAGCGGCUGAAGGACUUCGAGGGCUACCAAGUGACCGAAAAAUUGUGCCGGGAGGGCGGGGCGAACCCCGAUUGGAAGUUCAUGCACUGUCUGCCGCGGAAGCAGGACGAGGUGGACGACGAGGUGUUCUACGGUCCGCGGUCGCUGGCGUACCAGGUGUCGGACAACCGGAAGUGGACGAUCAUGGCGAUGUUCGACCUUCUGUUUGGAAAGUGGUCGCUGCUCGAGCGGACAAAGGACACGGCGGAAGGACCGUCGGCGUGAGGGCCGCAGGCGGGAGGAGGAGGGCCGAGACACGUUGGGCAUGCGUACCUAGAGCUGUACCUAGAGUCCGGAGUAA